UGUGUGUGUGUGUGCGAGUGAGUGUGAGUCUGAGUGCGCGCUUGUGUGAGCGAUUUAUUAAACAAAAGGCAUUUGGUAACCUAGGCCAACUGGAAUUAUAGAGACCCCACCAAUACAAGUGACUUAAAAUCAAAUCAAAUAUAAUGGGCUGCAACACCAGUCAGGAACUGAAGACGAAGGAUGGCGCCGCCAUCGACGCGGUCAGCAACGGGGAGCCGGAGCCGAGUGCCCCGCAAAUGGAGAACGAAGGUCUCCAGUCCUCCGCAAAGUCCUCAAACAAACAUACAAAUCACGCCAAAUCAAAUUCAAUUACCUCCAAUGGCGAUGCCAAGGCGCCGAACGUCGGCGCCGGUGGAGGAGGCGCCUCAUCCGAAGCAACAAAUUGCAUUGAACGUCCCUUCGAUAAGGCGGCAAUCACGGAACUCGACGACGACGAGGACGAAGCAAAAGCGGCAACAAAAAUUCAAGCCGUCUUUCGAGGCCACAAAGUGAGAGAAACCAUGAAAAAAUCGGAAACCAAAACUGUGACCAACAAUGGGGCCGCCGCAACUGCUGCAGGAGUCGAGGAGGCAGCCGGCUCCUCGGCAGAACAGACCAAGGCAGUGCUCGAGGCUGAGUUUGAUCCGAACGACAAAGAGCUCUGCCAUGCAGCACUGAAGAUUCAGUCCACAUUCCGUGGCCAUUUGGCACGCAAGCUGGUCAACAAGGACGCGCCCGAGGACGAGGACAUCCAGGAGAUAACCAAGAAGGUGGCCGAGGAAUUGGACAUAGAUCUGACCGAUCCGGAGUUGAACAAGGCCGCCACCAAGAUCCAGGCCUCGUUCCGCGGCCACAAGACACGCAGGGACACCCAGCCCGAAUAAGGGAAAAUUGUAAAUGUGCAAAAGGCCGAUCGAGACGAGGGCACACAGUUGUAAUCUUUUAAGUGAAUGUACGUUUAACUUAAUGGAAAACCAAAGAAAAUCUCAUAAUAACUAUACAAUACAUAUUAGCUACCAUAAGGAUGAUUUUGCUUAGCUUUAAAGAGCUGAAGGGAGCAUUGUUUGAUUUUCGGGCGUUUCUUGCUAUUUGAAAGUUUCUCAAUUAAUCGGAAAAACUGAGUUAAUUAAUAUUUAAUUAAAUUUAAUUUCGGUUUUCGAACUUAGGAUCUACCAAAGCAAUCCCAAAACAGUAACUAAACCUUAACUAAAGCUAACUAAAAACGUUAAAAGAAAACAAGUUGAAUUUGCAAAGUAAUACUAAAUGUUACAAUAACAAAAAUGGUAAUUAAAGGCACGAUGUUCCAUAAACAUUUAUUGUAGACAAAUCGACAAAUGCAAGGAAAAUGCUGAACACAUUUUUGGGAAAACAUUUUUCCGUUUUGUCUGGCCAAAGCCAAAAGUCAAAGAAUUGUAAUUGUACCUACAUGAAGAUAUAUAAAAACAUAAACACGAAGAACAUGAAUUAUAACCGAUGAAACUCGAUGUUGGUGUUUCACACUAGGGGUAUCCGAGCAACAGGAAGCAGCUACGAAACGUCAACACACAACAAUUUUUCAGCCUCUGGUCUCUCUAUAUAUAUAAAUACGAGUAUGUAUGGAAACUGAUGGAUGGAUAAACCAAAGCAAAUCGAAAGGCGAUAACUAAUCUGGUGGCACAAUUUUCGUUUUUCUACCAAGGGUAUUACCAAUUUGUCUACUUAACAAGAGAAA